GUGGAGCUGGGGCCGGGCAGGAGGACGGGAAAUAAACGAUACAAAGUACAGGAAUGUUCUGGCCAUCAUUCCCAAAAAUCCCUGGGAAUGAAAUGGUGAUGGGAGCAUCACCCAGGGAUGGUGCCAGCUCUUCCCCUUAAUUAACUAAUUAGUAACGCUCCUGGUUAAUUGGGUGAUCUCACCAGAGGUGAAUCAGCUCCUUUUCGUGGGAGCACCCAGUGGGUGAUGUUCAAGGAAAUAAUUCCUGCAAAAUCCCUGUGACACUGUUGGGCGCCAAAUCCUCAUCUCCCUGCUGCUGAGCCAGCCUUGCUGGGCAUGGAAUUCCAGGAUUUUGGGCCAGAUGUGGCCAAAAAUCCAAUAAUUCCCUAAAAAAAGAGUGUGGAUAAUGCAGGAGUCUCCAUAGGGAAAGACUGAUCUGGGAACAAAUUGUGAGGGAACAUUUGGGAAGAAGCUGAAGGAAUUUCUUGUGGAAUCCCUCAGGUGUCUCCUGGAUGAAGGAUUGGGGCAUUCCCAAGUUCCCAAACCUGUUCCUGAAUUUCCAAAGGAUUCAGAAGCAAUUUGAUUUUUUUUGUUGUUUUAUUUUCCCACCCAUCCCAGUUUUUCCAUGGAUGUCAAAUCCACAUCUCCCUGUUAUGAAUCCAGGGGUUGCUGUGGUUGGAAUUCCAGGAUUUUGGGGCAGAUGUGGCCAAAAAUCCAAUUAUUCCCUAAAAAAAGUGUGGGUAAUGGGAGAGUCCAGAUCUGAUCUGGGAACCAAUGGUGGGGAAUGUUUUGGGAAGCAAUGGAAUUUCUUGUGGAAUAUUUGGGAUGGUGCAAGCUGUUCCCAUGGCAGCUGGAGCUGGAUGAUCCUUGAGAUCCCUCCCCAAACCAUUCCCUGAUUCUCCUCCUGAAAUCCAGGAGAAUUCUUGGUUUUCCAAGAAUUCCGACCAUUUCCUUGCUUUAAUGUUGGGGAAAAAAAUCCUUUGGUCUUAAAUUGGAAAUUUAAAUUUCUUCUCCGAGAGAGAGAGAAGAAUUUUCCUCAUCUGUGGCUAAUGAAAAUAUCCUUUAAUUGGCAAAAAAAAAAAGGGGCUUCAUUCCCAACUGGAUUUUUCCCUGGGGAAAAAAAACGUUUUAAUUCCCAGCUGGAUCUUUCAUUGGAAAAAAGAAAAAAUAAAAGGAUUUAAUUCUCAUUUGGAUUUUUUUGGGGGGAAAAAAAAAAAGGGUUUUGAUCCCAGCUGGAGUUUUUUUCCUUGGGAAAAAAAAAGAAAGGAUUUAAAUCUUAGCUGGAGUUUCCCUUGGAAUGAAAAACAGGAUUUAAUUCUCAGCUGGAUUUUUCCUUGGGAAAAAAGGAUUUCAUUCCCAACUGGAUUUUUCCUUGGGAAAAAGAAAAAAAAUAGGAUUUAAUUCUCAAUUGGAUUUUUUCUUGGGAAAAAAAAAAGGGAUUUUAAUCCCAGCUGGAUUUUCCUUGGGAUAAAGCAGGGUUUCAUUCCCAGCUGGAUUUCCCUUGGAAUGAAGCAGGGUUUCAUUCCCAGCUGGAUUUCCCUGUGACUCAGGAGCAGGGACAGAGCCCGGGACAAACCCCGGAGUGCCAGCGCUGCCAGGCCUGGAUCCCUUCCUCCCUCUGGAGCAAUCCUGGAUUUCAGCAGGAAUUCUCCUUUUGGGAACAGCCUCUCCUCUGUUCUCCUUCAGUUCCAAGUUUGUUUUCAAAACUUGGAAGAGAAAAAAAAAUCUGAAGGGAAAAAUUCCUCCCUGAGGGGGAAAAUGCUCCUGGAGAAUUCCACGGAUCCAAAUCCAGGGUCUCCUGCUGGAUUGGAGAGCGUUUCCCUGGGAGAGGAGGCUGGGAAGGGCGAGCUGAUGAACGAGGACAUCCGGAUCCAUUCCUGGCCUUGCUCCUACUACCUGGACACCAGCAAGCAAUGGAUCCCUGGGAAGCUCUCCCUGACUCCCACCUCCAUCAGAUUCACGGCUGACAAAACGGGAGAGCUCCUGGUGGAUUUCCAUCUGUCCGGGAUCAGCGAGAUCAAGAAGGAAUCUUCCCACUUGAUCUUCAGCUCCCUCACCGUCCUGGAGAAGGGCACCAAGCACUGGUUCAGCUCCCUGCAUCCCAACAGGAAUGUGGUGUUCAACAUCCUGGAGCAUUUCUGGAGGGAGCAGCUGGUGUCCAGCCAGGAGGGCGGAGCGGGAGCGGCCUUGGAGUCCAGCAAGGGCAAGGAAUUGACGGGAAUGUUGGAGGGAUCCCAGAAACGCCUGGAGGACACGGCCAAGGUGCUGCAUUCCCAGGGGGAACAGUUCGACAACAUCAUGAGGGGACUCCACAAGAUCGAGGGGGACAUGGAUGUGGCCGACAGGCUGUUGACCGAGCUGGAAUCUCCCUCCUGGUGGCCCUUCAGCACCAAACUCUGGAAAACCCCCAUGGAAGCGAAGCCCAAGGAAAGCCCUGCGGCUCCGGAUGCCAGAAGCCAGGAGGGAAUUCUGCUGCGGAUCCCGGUGAUCAUCACCCACAGGACAGAUUCCAGCGCCAAACCCGGCAAGCUCACGGUGCUUCCCUCGGGCCUGGAGAUCAAGGAUUGCAAUUCCCAGCUCCUGCACCGCUUCGAGGCCCGGGACGUGGAUGACAUCUGGGUGCACACUCCCUACGAGAUCAGCGUCCGGCAGAGGUUCAUCGGCAAGCCCGACACCUCCUUCCGGCUCCUGGCCGCGCGCAUGCCCGAGGCCAUCCCCAUCCUGGAGAUGCAGUUCAGCAAGAAAAUCCAGUUCCUGGAGGAUGCCCUCGGAUUUGCUGGAGCCAGGAAGUCCCCUCAGGCGGAUUUGGGGACGUCCAUCUGGCAGGCAGCCACGGGGUUCCUGGGAGGCGCGGUGAAUCCGGGAUCGCCGACGGGAAGCGCCGAGGGGACGGACAGGGAGCAGGUGCAGCUGCAGAAAAUAUCCCAGGAGGAAGCCAAGGAGCUCCGACAGAUCCUGAGGAAGCUGAAGGGCCUGGCCCUGGAGACGGAGGCGGAGCUGGAGCGGCAGGACGAGGCCCUGGACUCCAUCGGCAGCUCCGUGGAUCGCGCCACGCUCACCAUCGACCGGCACACCCGCAGGAUGAGGAAGCUGACGUAGCUUCCCGCCGGGAACGGCGACGCCGCGGAGAGCAGGAGCGGGGGGGGCCGGGAUGGUCAGGACUGAUUUUUCCAGAGACACUUUGGGAGGGGUUUGGGAUGAGGUUUGGAAAAUGGCGCUGCUGGGAGUGAGUUCCUGAGAGGAUUGGAGCGGUUCCUGGACUUGGAUGAGGGUUGGAUCUUGGAUGAGGGUUGGAUCUUGGAUGAGGGUUGGAUCUUGGAUGAUGGUUGGAUCUUGGAUGAUGGUUGGAUCUUGGAUGAGGGCUGGAUCUUGGAUGAGGGCUGGAUCUUGGACAGUAUUUGGAUCUUGGGUGAGGGUUGGGUCUUGGAUGAGGGCUGGAUCUUGGAUGAGGGCUGGAUCCUGGAUGAGGGCUGGAUCCUGGAUGAGGGCUGGAUCCUGGAUGAGGGCUGGAUCCUGGAUGAGGGCUGGAUCCUGGAUGAGGGCUGGAUCCUGGAUGAUGGUUGGAUCUUGGACAGUGUUUGGAUCUUGGAUGAGGGCUGGAUCUUGGAUGAUGGUUGGAUCUUGGACAGUGUUUGGAUUUUGGAUGAUUGGAUCUUAAAUUAGGGCAUUGGAUCACGUUUGGAUUUUGGAUGAUGGUUGGAUCUUGGAGGAGGUUUGGGUCUUGGACAGUGUUUAUAUCUUGGAUGAUGGUUGGAUCUUGGAUAAUGAUUGGAUUUUGGAUGGUUGGAUCUUAGAUGAAGGUUGGACCUUGGAUAAUGUUUGGAUGUUGGAUGAGGUUUGCAUGUUGGAUGGUGGUUGGAUCUUGGAUGAGGUUUGGACCUUUGACAGCAUUUGGAUCUUGGAUGAGGUUUGGAUUUUGGAUGAGGUUUGGAUUUUGGAUGAGGUUUGGAUUUUGGAUGAGGUUUGGAUCUUGGAUGAGGUUUGGAUCUUGGAUGAGGUUUGGAUGUUGAAUGACAGUUGGAUCUUGGAUGAGGGUUGGACCUUGGAUCACGUUUGGAUUUUGGAUGAUGAUUGGAUCUUGGAUCACAGAUGAUUGGAGCUUGGAUGAGGUUUGGAAGCUAUUUUUGGGUGGAAAGAUCCAAAUUUCCAAUUGGGAUGAAGCAGAACUCAUGGAUUCUCCACUGCCAAACCCCGUAAAUAGGAAGGGAUGUGACAAAACCUGACUUAAUUAAUUCAUUAAUUAAUUCAUUCAUUAAUGUGCUUCUUCAUUUUGCUGCUUUCCAGCCCAUGAAUUCCCUCUCCAGCUCUUUCCCUAAAAUCCUUUGGAGCUGAUCCUGAUUAUUUAUUUAUUUGCACUCAGUGGUGAUGAAACAUUUCAAGGCUUUUCCAGAAUUCCUAAAAAAAGGGAAUAUUUUCAAUUAACGUCUGAAGUUUACACUUGGCUCUGUUGAGAGCAGGGAUUCCCCUCCUCAAUUUUUGAUAUUCCAUGGGGAAAAUUCCCAUUUCAUCAAUCCCUGCCUUUUCCAGCUCUUUUAGCUCCAAGGAGCUGUUGGUCAAUAUUUUUUUUUUUUAGUUAUUUUUUAGAUUUUAAUUUAAGUGGUUUUGGUGUCGCUUUCAAAUCCGACGCUUCCAGUGCAAUAUUUUUAAACAGUGAAGCUUCAAAUCCUCGGAUUCCGUGGGAAUUUUUCCCAUUUUUUUGGAAUCCAGCCUCAUUUUGGGAGAAAAAGGCCCCGAGCCACGUCGAGGGUGUUGUUUGCAAGGUUUGUAUUCCUUCAGCUUAGUUAGGACUGGAGUGAAAUUUAUUCCAAGUUUUUCCUGGCAUGCACUUUAUUGGAAAAUCCAGUGAUAAUUCCAUAUCCAUCAGUUCUUUCCUGGGAAUAAAAUCCUCUUGGAGUUUCUCCCGUUGUUUCCCGCCCCACAUCGCUGCUGGUUUACUGUGAGAGGAGAAGGAACUUCCUGCACCUCAUUUUUCCAUGGAUUUCCAAGUGGAUUUUGCAGCAAACCCGUGUUUGUUGAGGCUGGGGUGGGAUCUGGGGGUGGAUUGAGUCCAGCCCAGAAUUCCCAAAAGGAAAUCUUUAGGAUUCGAGCGGUUUUUGGGUGUUCCUUGUGCCAUAUUUUUUAUCGCCGCGUGGUUUUAGCACCGACUCCGUAUUUUGUGGGUUGUGUUGAGUCCAACAUCUCCCAAAAAACUUGGAAUAUUCCUUGGGAAACCCAUCCUGGAGCUGUACAUUGGCUGAAUUCCAUGUGCCAGAAGGAUUUUCCACCUGUAAUUCCUUCUUAUUAAAUCUCUUGGAAUUGGGA